UCUUAAUCUGCCUAUCUAUCGGAGAAUUCAUGUUCCAUAUCCCAAAGCUGGACGAGCAUUCUUUAGCUCAAGAUCUACCGAAAAAUUAUUGCGAGUCCCUCGUGUGCCAAAAAAGGGCCCCAAGAGUCUCGACCCCCUGAGCCUCGCACUGUUUACCCGAUUCAGCUGCAGACCAUAGCGCCGCCUGGAAUUUCGUGCACGCCCCGCUCGCUAAUUAUGGUCUUCUGCGGCAAACCAAGCAAAGGCUGCGGCGAGUGCCGGUCUCGCAAGAUCCGGUGUGACCAAGCCCGUCCAACCUGUUCACAAUGCGCCAAGGGCAACCGCGCCUGCCCCGGAUACCGCGACCAACUAUCCUUGAUGUUUCGGGAUGAAAGUCAGCAGGUGAUCCGCAAGGCACGCACGGAGGCCACGACACGGAAAGCCAAGUCUUCUAGAAGAAAGAGCCCCGACAGUGCGAUCUCCCUCGGUGACGGUUGUGGCACUGCCGCUAGUAGUCCGGCCCCAGCGUCAUCGACCACCAGUGAUCUGCUGGAGUUCGAUGAGCUUGUUUCUUUGGUCCCACAAAAUUCCGAGCGUGAUUUGGUUCGCGUUGAGGAUCUCGUGUAUUUCACCCCGCAGUAUCUGGAACAGCAUAUCUAUCGACAUUCCCUUCUCUUGCAGCCAUCGUAUCAACCCACCAAAGUCGAUGCCAUCUGCUUCUUCCUGAGGCAGAAUGCUUGGAUUGGCUCGUUUUGGUCCAAGCUGGACGCCACCCCGGAUUACGUGCUCAAGACAGCUACUUCCAGCCACAAGGCCAUGAUGGCUAGUUUGGCGUCCGUUGGAACGGCAAUGCUCUCGCGUGUUAGGAAGUCAACGCAGUUGAGAAUCGCCGCAGAUAAGGAGUAUGGACAGGCUUUGCAGCUCCUCACCUCAGCUGUGGCAGACAAACAGCAGGCUCGAGACAAUUUCACGCUGGCGUCAGUGCUUAUGCUGGCCAUCUUUGAGGUGGUCACCAGUAGAGGUGCACGAUUUAUCGACAACUGGACAAACCAUAUCAACGGUGCUGCAGCUUUACUAGAGCUGCGAGGCGUCGAGCAGCUUCAGGAGGAACAGGGGCUGCAGCUCUUCUUGCAGCUGAGGUAUCAAAUUAUCAUCAGCUGUCUGCAAAGGCAAGCUAGAGUGCCCGACACUGUUCUCGAAUGCGCUAGGGUUGCUAUGUUUUUACGACCGCACUCCGUGGCCUAUGGCGACCGCUUGAUUACAACUAUGGGCCGGCUAUCCAAUCUUCGUGCCGAUAUCAAUGAAAAGGCCUUGACUGACCGGAAGAAGAUGCUUGAAGAGGCCUACAGUAUCGAGGCCGAAUUGAUGUCCUGGUUAAUGUCUCUACCGGAGAUUUUCGCGUACACCACUGUCGAAGACCCCAAUCCUCGAUUUGGCUGGGGUCCUCAGCCGUACAAUAAUCGGUAUCACGUGUAUAGCGACUUCUGGGUCUGCAACUCGUGGAAUCAAUACCGGAUCGUCCGGAUCAUUGUGUGCGACCUCAUCUUGACCUGUAUCCGAGAACUAAACGCCGGGUCGCCACUCUCUCCCGAUCUUGCCAAUCAUACCGCGCAGAUCCGCAACACAGCCCGACAACUCGCCAGCGACGUCUGUGCCAGUGUGCCUUUUCAUUUCAGCGAUUCCGCCCUUCGCUUAGCGACCGGACUCAAUGGCACAGGCGCCCUCGAUGAGGUCCCCAUCCAACAAGGUUUUAUUCGCGGGAUGCUACUCCUCUGGCCGCUGGCUAUGGCGGGGGCCACGCGAGGGAAGCAUCACCCGUUACGCAAAUGGGUUCUGGAAUGCUUCCACCUGAUUGGCAAUGACAUGGGUAUUGAUCAGGCUCUGGCCUUGGUUGAGAUGUGGAAGAACGAUGAAGGUCAAUUCGACACGUUAAUCCUGCCAGAGGAUAAUGUCACCGUAAGCUCAGCCACCAAUACCGACAGUCCAUAUUUCUCCGAAGCGCAGCUGGCCUGCGGGCCUGUUCCAAAAGCAUAUUCCACUCCAGUGGCGUGAGCCCAAUGCGAUGACAACCCAGUGCAGGCCACGUGGAUAAUUAUGAUGAUAGAUUCAGAUCAGGAUCAGUGUACAUAAUUGCUAAAUAAUCACUUAAUGAUUUAUGCC